CUAACAAAAACAUAUGAACCUACCAAGACCGAAAAACUAGAAGACAUACACAAAAGAACUAAAUAAAUAAAAGAGAAACCUAGCCCAGGCCCACCACCAAGGACCUCUAAAGAUCAGUGACCCAAAAUCUUGCCGCUGGACCGUUGCCGUCUUUUGACUUCCGAGACCACCACCCAACAUCGACACCAUCUUCCACCACAUAGCCACCACGGCACCACCAACCCACACCCAGUACACCUCGCCGCACGUCACAAUUAAUCCAGCAAGAUCGCCAAGAUCCAACCUGGGUUGGAUGAGCAAACUAGGAAAACCGUUGGCGCCUCGACUCCCCAUCAUGUGCCUCACCGACGCCAAUUUCAUCCACCAACAAACCAAAAUCGGCUCCUCAUGGGCGACAGAUCGAAGCAUCGCCGUCGAAUCACAGCCCAGCAAACCGGAAAACAAACCUGCAAUCCAAACAACCAAUUCCAGAGUAGCCACUCUCCAUCGAUCCUCCAGCAGCAAACCUUCCUCGCGACCCAAGCACAGCUCCCAUCCAGCAACCCGCCAAAAAACACGUCGCUGGACGGAGAUAAACCUAAUUUGACAGAGUCAAAUUAUAGAAUCUCUUGCCAUGAAAAGGUUAAUUAACUUAAUUUGAUGCUCAUUUGGUAAACCUCUAGGUGGUAAGAUACAAGUUUUGAUCUGAUGUGAACUUAUUAUAUGUACUGUAUUUUAUUAAAAACAAGGAAAAUAAAUAAAAAUUCAUGGAGGGUAAUUCGAACAUUUCACCCUUCUGAAAAGAAAGACAGGAAAAACCAACAGUCUCUCAAGCACAUAUUGGAGCAUCAGGCCUUUAAAAAAAACAUGAAGAAGAAGAAGAAGCAGAGCUCUGUCUUCUGUCUUCUCCGAGAUCCACACCCACCAUGAACAACGGCGACCAGAGACGUCUCAACGGCGAGAUCGAAGAAGACGAGGAAGACGAAGAGAAUGCCGACGGCCUCGCCGCCUGGGAACGAGCCUAUGCCGACGAGCGUUCCUGGGAGUCCCUCCAAGAAGACGAGGCCGGCCUUCUCCGCCCCAUUGACAACCAGAACCUCCAACAUGCUCAGUACCGCCGCCGCCUCAGGGCCGCCACCACCGCCCGGAUUCAGAAGGGUCUCAUUCGCUAUCUUUAUAUUGUCAUCGACCUCUCUAAGGCAGCGUCUGAAAUGGAUUUUAGACCUAGCCGAAUGGGUGUGGUCGCGAAGCAUGUUGAGGCUUUCAUCAGAGAGUAUUUCUACCAGAAUCCUCUUAGUCAAGUAGGCCUUGUGACAAUAAAAGAUGGGGUUGCUCAUAUCUUAACGGAUCUCGGUGGGAGUCCUGAGUCUCAUGUUAAAGCACUGAUGGGUAAGCUCGAAUGUUCAGGCGAUGCAUCCCUGCAGAAUGCACUGGAUCUUGUUCAAGGGUAUCUAAAUCAGAUUCCAUCAUAUGGUCACAGGGAAGUUCUAAUCAUGUAUUCAGCUCUCAGUACCUGUGAUCCAGGAGAUAUAAUGGAAACUAUUCAGAAGUGCAAGAAAUCUAAAAUUAGAUGCUCUGUUAUUGGUCUCUCAGCAGAAAUUUUCAUAUGCAAACAUCUGUGCCACGAAACUGGUGGCUCGUAUUAUAUUGCACUGGAUGAGUCACACUUGAAAGACCUGAUAUUGGAACAUGCACCUCCACCUCCAGCAAUAGCCGAGUUUGCUAUUGCCAAUUUGAUAAAGAUGGGUUUUCCACAAAGAGCAGCAGAGAGCUCUGUGGCAAUUUGCUCAUGUCACAAGGAGGCAAAGGUCGGAGAUGGAUACACUUGUCCACGAUGCAAAGCACGCAUAUGUGAACUACCUACCGAAUGUCGCAUCUGCGGGUUGACGCUCAUUUCUUCACCUCAUUUGGCAAGGUCAUAUCACCAUCUGUUCCCAAUCGUACCAUUUGAUGAGGUUCAACAACACAUAUUGCCUAGAGCGUGUUUUGGCUGCCAACAAAGUCUGGGAAACAGAUCUGGCCUUCGGGUUGCUUGUCCCAAUUGCAAGCAGCAUUUCUGCCUGGACUGUGAUAUAUAUAUCCACGAAAGCUUGCAUAAUUGUCCUGGCUGUGAAAGUACCAGGCAUUCGAAGAUACCAACCGCUGAUGAAGGAGGAUGAAGACACUAAAGAAAUCAAUUACCCAUGUUCUUACAACUGAAAUGUACCGCCAUCUUUCAAAGUCCUCUCACCUUUUGGUGGUAAAAGAACAACCAUAAAAAUGAUUUGUCACCCGGCUACAAUCGGUGUUACCUCACAUUUAGAGACAUUAUUUCUGUCACUCAA